AUGGGGUCCAAGGAGUUGGGGUGCGUAGUGGAGCUGCCCCCGACCCCGCGGGAGAGAGAGCCUGCUUCCUUUCUUUUUUUUCCAGAGUCCGGUGCUGCAAAGAGAAGUAAAGGCAAUCUGCCCGUGGUGAUACUGCUUGGGUGGGCUGGCUGCAAGGAUAGGUACCUGCAGAAAUACAGCACCAUCUACCUUCAGGAGGGAUGUGUAGUGAUCCGCUAUACGGCUCCUUGGAGAUUGGUUUUCUUUUCAGAAUCCUUGGGUAUAAAUUCCCUGCAGAACUUGGCAAAGAAGCUGCUGGAGUUCCUCUUUGACUACAAAGUAGAGACGAAGCCCCUGCUCUUUCAUGUGUUCAGCAAUGGAGGUGUCAUGCUGUACCGCUACAUUGUGGAGCUUCUUCACACUCACCAGCAGUUCCAGCAUCUAAGGGUGGUGGGUACAGUGUUUGACAGUGCUCCUGGCAGGAAGAACCUGCGGGGUGCAAUUGGUGCCCUCUCAGUUGUCCUAUCGUCAUACAAUGUAUGUGUUAAGUAUGCCCUUUUACUGACAUUUGCAGUUCUGGUGGUGACAUGGCGGAUGGUACUGUAUCCUGUGACCCGCUUUGUACAUGAGAGCCACUAUGAUGCCAUGUCGAAGCAACUUUCUAGAUGGCCUGAGCUAUACCUCUACUCCAAGGCGGAUUCUGUUAUUCAAGCAAGUGAUGUGGAGAAUAUGAUAGAGGCUCGGAAGCAGCAUCAGGUCCUUGUUAAGGCUGUGGACUUUGUGGACACUGAUCAUGUCAGCCACCUGCGAGCAUAUCCCACCUUAUACACAACUCAUUGCAUCUCCUUUAUGUACAAUUGCAUUGGGAGCACUUAGGCUCACUCGGUGGCUGAUGUGAAGGUAUUAGUAUCUGCCUGUUCUCCCACUAAUUUUCUUAUAUUCUAAACCGUUCAUCAUUGCUUUUGAUAAAAUUCUGUUGCUGCCUCUCGCUAAUGCAAGCCAAAGUAUUUCUCGGAACCUGAAUGUCUGAAAUUGUCAUAUAGUUGAGUAGCAGAGAGUAGGACUGUAGGAUAAAUUUGAGCAAACCCACACUGAUGCAUUUUGCAAUAUAUUCAUUCUUCUUGACUUUGGCUCAUGGGCUUUGGAAAGUACUCUGUAAUAGGCUGUGUGUUCUCUGUGCAUUUAAACAUAUACACUUCUGAGCUAAGAAAAACUAAAUUUUGCAACUUUUAUUUAAGUAUGCACAUUUGCAUACACUCAUUUGAUAUACAGUGUAUACAGUGGACCCUCCGGAUACGAACUUAAUUCAUUCCGGGGGUCCUUAUGUACCUCGAAAAGUCCGCCACAUAAGGCGCUGCUUCUGCGCACACACGUGGCGCAAUAGAGCACUUUUACAUGCGGUGUGCAGAGCACUUCUGCGCAUACACGAAGUGUGCAGAGAAACCUGGAAGUACACACUUCCGAGUUUGCCGCGUUCGCAACCCAAAAGUUACAUUACCCGAAGGUAAUGUAACCCGAGGAUCUGCUGUAUUUUAUCCUGCUUCCCCUGAUCAUGGGGAGCAAGGACCUAUACAGGGUGCUGAAGCCCGUCCCUAACUAUUUGAAAUCUUAUAUAGCUUCCUGUUUGGUUUCUGAGAUUUUAGUAAGCACUGGCUCUCAAAUGUACCUGUGGCUGAUAUUAAAUUCUCUGUUUUGAUGUAUGUGGAAUUUAAAUGUAAAACCCUCCUGAUGUUCAUUUCAUCUUUCCAUCAACUGCUUCCACCUCUUCAAGGUUUCACCUUGUGAAGCAAAAUCAGUUCCUUUCUGUGCUGUUGUAUACAACUCUGCAGUUAGUUGAUCUACCACCAUCUCUGGGCUGCUUUUCUCUCAUACUUGCCUUGUGACCAAGUACUUUUUAGCUGAGGGCAGGAGGAGGCUUCUUGUGAGUUAAAGCCAGGCUAGUGACUCCAUAUUAUCAACUAAGCUAUAGACUAUAACACAGAAUUAAAAGGACAUAUCU